AUGGUCACUACUACAACUCCGUCGCAUCGCGCGGCAGACGACUCACAGUACUACUUCCUGCCUGGCGUGGAUGGACACGACGAAGAGCUGCGAAACCACAGUUGGAUGGAACCCAUUGUCAUUGACGACGACGAUUUGAUGUUUGGCGGCAAGAGUUUGAGCGCCUGGUACGAGGAAGAAAGACAGCCGGUCAGCUAUCCGGCCGAGGAGGAGCGGCGAGGGCGUCAAAGGGUGCGCCAACAUCACUCGCAUUCUCACAAGCACCACCACCAUCACCAUCACCACGCGAAGCCGAGCGACACGACGAGCAGCGGCGAACAGAAGAAGCGUUAG